GAAUCUAUUGGUACCAAUUUUAACCCUGAUGAAAAGUCUCCCUGAAGCAAUUAGCCUAUCUGAGCUAAGAUGUCACUAAUCUCCAAAGUUAUUCAUGAACAGACUUCAUCAUUAAUAUUCGAAAGAGCCUAAUAAUAUUGAAGCAGGCUUUGGAUUCAAAGUCACUAAUUGGAUAGUGUUAUCACUUAGCUGAACAAGGAAAUCUCCCAGAAUACCAUAUGGAUAGAUACAAAGAAAAUUCAGAAAGAAAAUGUGUUGCUGAGCUAGAAAACACAGAAGAAAAGAAAACAUAUGUUAACGUGCCAUUAAACUCAGAGAAUAUUAGCGAAGGUUACGAAAAUAUUAAUGAUAAAUCAUCAAUAAAGAGGCUUUAUAUCUGUACUGAAUGUCAGAAAGGUUUUCAGAGUAGUUGGGAUCUGACCAGACACCAAGCAAGUCACUUAGAAGAAAAACCAUUUGUGUGUUUAGAGUGUGGGAAACAUUUCAGCCAAAGUUCACAUCUCAUUGGGCACAAGAAAAUUCACACAGGGGAAAAACCUUUUUCAUGUUCUACAUGCGGGAAGUGUUUUAUCAAUAACUCAGAUCUUGUUAAACAUCGGCGGACACACACUGGAGAAAAACCUUUUGAAUGUUCAGAAUGUGGAAAAUUCUUUGCCCAAAAAUCAAAUCUUAUAACGCAUCAGAAAAUUCAUUCUGGAAAAAAGCCAUUUUCAUGUCCUGAUUGUGGAAAAUGUUUUAUCAAUAGCUCAAGUCUUAUUGUACAUCAGAGAAUUCACACUGGGGAAAAGGCGUUUGAGUGUAUUGAAUGCGGAAAGUGUUUUAUCAGUAACUCGUGCCUAGUAAGACACCAGCGAAUACACACAGGCGAAAAACCAUAUGUAUGCUCAGAAUGUGGCAAAUCUUUUACUAGUAGCUCUGAGCGUGUUACUCAUCAACGGAUUCACACAGGAGAUAAACCUUUUACAUGUUCUGUGUGUGGCAAGUGUUUCAUAAGAAACUCCUCUCUAUUUAGGCAUCAGAGAAUUCACAACGGAGAAAAACCUUUUGAAUGUUCUGAUUGUGGCAAAUGCUUUAUCAAUAGCUCUGAUCUUGUGCGACACCUGAGAGUCCAUACUGGAGAAAAUCCAUUUGCAUGCUUUGAGUGUGGAAAACGUUUCAGGCAAGAAUCACAUCUUACGAGACAUCAAAGGAUUCAUACUGGAGAAAAGCCGUUCAAAUGUCAAGAGUGUGGGAAAUGUUUUUUUAACAAAGCUCUCCUUGUUGUGCAUCACAGAACACACACAGGUGAGAAGCCGUUUGCCUGCUCAGAAUGUGGGAAACGCUUUAGCAGUAACUCCUAUCUGUCUAAACAUAAAAACGUUCAUGUAUGAGAACAAUUAAUUUGUCCUUUUUUAUGUAGCAAAUUUUAGAAGACAAGACUCACUAAAUCCUAGAAGCUAUAUCCUAAACUGAAAAUGUUUUAUUUGCCAUACCUCCUAAAUGUUAAAUGUUUUAUUCAUCAAAUCUCAGAACCAAAAUAAAUUAAAGCUAAAAUAAGAGAUGGUUUAUUCAUUAAGUACUGGUAGCCAUAAAACUACACCUUUUAAAACUGGGAAUGCUUAACUUGUAAAAACCCAGAAGCCAGGAAGCCACAACUCCUUAAACUGGAAACAUGUUAUUUGCCGAACUCCAGGAGAAAGGGAAGUGCAUUUUCCUUGCAAUUGGAAAUGUUUUAUUCAUGAAACCCUAGGAGCAAGGGACACUUCUUAAAUUUGGAAACAUUUAGUUAAACAAAUCAUGGAAACCACACCUCUUAAAAUCAGAGAUAUUGUAUUCACUAAACUUCAGGAGCCAGGGAACCACACUUCCUACAAUUAGAAACAUACAUCAAACCCCAGGAGCCAAGGAACCACAUGUCCUACAAUUGGAAACAUACAACAAACCCCAGGAGCCAGGAAGUCACACCUCCUACAAUUGGAAACAUACACCAAACCCUAGGAGCCAGGAAGUCACACCUCCUACAAAUGGAAACAUACACCAAACCCCAAGAGCCAGGAAGUCACACCUCCUACAAUUGGAAACGUACACUAAACUCCAGGAGCCAGGAAGCCACACCUCCUACAAUUGGAAACAUAACCAAACUCCAGGAGCCAGGAAGUCAUACCACCUAACAUUGGAAACGUACCCUAAAUCCAAGGAGCCAAGAAGCCACACCUUCAGUUGGAAGAGUAUACCAAACCCCAGGAUCCAGGAAGCCACACCUCCUAAAACUAGAAACAUGCUUUUUUAUCAAUAUUCAGGAGUAGGGGAAGUGCACCUUAUGAAAUUGGAAAUGUUUUAUUCACCAAACCCCAGGAGUAAGGAAGCCACACUUCUUAAGUUUACCUUCUAAAAUUGGAAAUAUUAUGUUCCCCAAACUCCAUUAGCCAUUGAGCGACACCUCCUAAAUUUGGAAACUAUUUUUCUUUCAUGUAAUUAGCAAGAGUCCAUGAGCUAGUGACGUAUGGGAUAUACAUUCCUAUCAGGAGGGGCAAAGUUUCCCAAACCUCAAAAUGCCU